AUGUUAAAUAUAUAUGAAGUACAAUGCUCUUUAAAUAGAGCAAUUUCAUCAUUUUUACAUUUAAAUUGUUAUGAAGAUGAAAUAAAUUCAUUAAAAUCACUUUUGUCAUCUUUAGAAUUAUUUAAUAUUCCAAAUUCAAAUAAAUUAUCAACAAAUUCUAAUAAAUUAUCAACUAAUUCUAAUAAACUAACAACUAAUUCUAAUAAACUAACAACUAAUUCUAAUAAUUUGGUAACUAGUUCCAAUAGGUUAGUAUCUAACACCAAUGGGUUACUAUCUAACUCUAAUAGGUUACUAUCUAAUUCCAAUAGGUUACUAUCUAGUUAUAACUUGAUUGAUGAAGAUUUAAAUGAAUUUUUGGAUAAUUUAAAUAGAAUUUUAUCAUUUGUUUCAUCAAGAAUAUUAAAUAAUUUCAAUAAAAAAUUAACAAAUUUGUAUAUUAAAAUAUUAUUAAAAAUUAUAAAUAUAUUAAAUUAUUAUAAAUUUGAAUAUAAUUAUAAUUUAUUAUCAAUUUCAUUAAUUAAAAUCUGGUCCGAAAUUCAUGGACAAACAGAUGGAAUAGAUGGAUUAGAUGGAAUAGAUGGAUUAGAUGGAUUAGAUGGAUUAGAUGGAUAUGAAGAUGGACAAAAUGGAAAAAUAAAUUUGGAUAUAUUUGAUGAAUAUUUAAUAUUAAUAUUAAAUGUAUAUAAUAUUGAUAAUAAUAUAUUAAAUAAAAUUUUAUAUAUAAUUUUGGAAAUAUUUACACAAACAAAUAUAGAAGAAUAUAUAAUUAAAAUAUUAGAAACAUUAGAAACUAUACCUUCCAAUUUAAAUAUAUUUGAUGUAUAUCCUGGUGUUUUAUCAAGAAUUGUUAAUAAAUUAAUAUAUUUUAAUUGUAAAUUAUUUAAUAAAUCUAUUAAUACAUUAACAAUAUGGAUUAAAUAUUUUUUUAACAAAUAUUACAAUGGAUCUAACAAAUUAUUGGAUUUUAACUCACUGGAAGAAAAUUCACUGAAUAAGAUGCUGCUGGAAGAAAAUUCACUGAAUAAGAUGCUGCUAGAAGAAAAUUCAAUGAAUAAGAAGUUGCUGGAAGAAAAUCUUAGGGAAGAAAAUUCACUGAAUAAGAAGCUGCUGGAAGAAAAUCUUAGGGAAAAAAAUCUCCGUAACGAAUAUUAUAUAAAAACAAUAGAAAUAAUAAAUUAUAUAAUAAAAUAUAAGAAUAGAUAUAAAAUUAUUAGUAAAUUUUGUUGUGAAUUAUUGGAAUAUGAAUUUUUAGAUAAUAAAGUAAAAAUUUUAAUAGGAAAUGUAAUAUUAAAUACAUUUGAUUUGGAAAUUUGUAAAUUUAUACAAUUGGCACCAAUUUCAUUUAAAUUAAUUUUAAAAGAUAUUAUAACCAAAUCAAUUAAUGAAAAUGAUGUAAAUUGUAUUAAAUAUUUUAAUACAUAUUUAUUCUUACAGAAUUUAUCCAAUCCACAGAAUUAUACCGUAAAUUCUGAUGAGUCAACCAAUCUCCGUAAUAACUCAGUAGAUUUGGAUAACUCCCUAAAUCUGAGUAAUUCAACUAAAAUCCCUAAUGACUCCUUAAAUUUGGAUAAUAACUCUGUAAAUCUGAAUAAAACAGUAAAUCUGAAUGAAUCAUCUAAUCUACAGCACUCAACUAAAAUCCAUAAUGACUCCUUAAAUUUGGAUAACUCAGUUAGACUCCCUAAUAACACAGUAGAUUUGGAUAAUGACUCAACAAAUCUGAAACACUCAUCCAAACUGGAUAAUUACUCAGUAAAUUCUCAUGACACAUGCAAUCUACAAUACUCAUCCAAAAUCCCUAAUAACCCAGUAAAUUCUGAUAACCCAGUAAAUUUGGAUGAUUCUGUAAGUCUGGAUAACAACCCAGUAAAUUUGGAUGACUCCCUAAAUCUGAGUAACAACCCAGUAAAUCUGGGACAAUCAACUAAACUGGAUAAUAACACAGUAAAUUAUCAUAACUCAUCAAAACUCAGUAAUGAGUUGGUAAUUCUCCCUAAUGACUCAUCAAAUCUACAACAGUCACCUAAGCUCCCUAAUGGCUUGGUAAAUUCUCAUAACACAGUAAAUUCUCAUUACUCUCUAAAUUUGGAUAACUCAACCAAUCUACAACAGUCAUCACAACUCCUUAAUAACUCAAGAAAACUCCCUAAUAACUCAGUAAAUUUGGACAACUCAUCCAUUCCACUUAAUUACUCCCUAAAUUUGGAUAAUGCAGUACAUUCUGAUAACUCAUCUAAAAUCCCUAAUGACUCAGUAAAUUGUCAUAACUCAUGUAAACUACCUAAUAACCCAGUAAAUUCUCAUCACUCAACCAAUCUACAAUACUCAUCUAAAAUCCGUAAUGACUCACCAAAUCUGGAUAACUCAUCUAAAAUCCCUAAUAACUCAGUAAAUUCUCUUAACACAGUAAAUCUGGAUGACUCAUCUAAGCACUGUAAUGAGUUGGUAAAUCUGAGUAAGUCUAAUUCUCAUAACUAUUUGAGUUUGGAUAAUUAUUUAGUAAUAAAAUUUUUAUUAUAUAAUAUAAAAAUUGAUUUUUCUAAUAUAUUAGAAAAAAAAUUAAUAAAUCAUAAACAUUUAUUACACACAUUUGAUACUAAUGAAUCCAAUAUAACUGAUGUACAGUCCAUUGUAACAAAUGUCCAGUCCAGUCUAACAAAUGAAUCCAUUGUAACUGAUCAAUCUAAUCUAACUGAUGUAUCUAAUCUAACUGUUCAAUCUAAUCUAACUAUUCAAUCCAUUGUAACUGAUAUAAAUCCAAAUUCUAUGUUAUAUUUUAAUAAUUUGUCUAUAGAUAUGAAAUUGAGUACAAUAUCAGACUUAAUUGUAGUAUAUAAAAAUGGUAAUAUAAAUAUUAAAAUUAGAACAUUAAUUUUAUUAAAUGAAUUAAUUAUUUCUUUAUUUCAAUCAGAAAUAAGUGAUGAGAUUUCUGAUUUAUUAAAUCUUAAAAUUUUUUUUCAAAAUGAUCUUUUUAAUAUCAAAUCAAAUGAUAGAGGAUCCACUGAAGGAUAUACUAGGGGAUCCACUGAUAGGGGAUUUACUGAUGAUACGGAAUCUAUUGGUGAGUGUAUUGAUAGGGAAUUUACUGAUGGAUAUACAGGGGAAUUUACUGAUAGGGGAUUUACUGGUGAAACUACUAAAUUUACUGAUAAAACUGGAACUACUAAAUUUACUGGUAAAACAGUAACUGCUAGGCAAUAUACUGUUAAAACCGUAACUACUAGGGAAUUUACGGGUGAAUCUGUAACUACAAAUGAGUAUGAAGAAAUAAUGUAUAGAAUAAAAUUAAUGGAAUUAUUAAUAACAAUAAUAAAAAAUGUGAAAGGAGAAUAUUUGACACAUUUUGAUAUGGAAAAUUUAUUAUUUAAUAUAAUUCCAGAAAUUACUUCAGAUUAUAUUAAAUUAUCACAAAUUUCAUUCAAACUAUUAAUUGUAUUAAAUAAUUAUUUUUUACAAUUUAUUAAACCCAAAUUUACUAAUUUAACAACCAAUUCAGAGAAUUUAGUAGAUUUAAGAGGGAAUUUAAAAGGGAAAUUAGUGAAUUUAAGAGGGAAAUCAGAGAAUUUAAAAGAGGAUUUAGUAGAUUCAAAAGCGAAUUUAAGAGGGAAUUCAACAAAUUUAUUACCAAAUUCAGUGAAUUUAAGAGGGAAUUCAGAGGAUUUAAAGGAGACUUUAAAUGAGAAUUUAGUAAAUUCAACAGAGAGUUUAACAGAGAAUUUAACAAGUUUAACACCAAAUUUAAGAGAAAUUUUAGUAGAUUUGACACCAAAUUUAAAAGAGAAUUUAAAAGAUAAUUUAGUAAAUUCAACUAAUUUAUCAACUAAUUUAAAAGAGAAUUUAGAGAAUCCAAAAGAGACUUUAAAGGGCAAUUUAAUAAAUUUAACACCAAAAUUAAGAGAAAAUUUAGUAAAUUCAACAGGGAAUUUGGUAGAUUUGAGACCAAAUUCAAAAGAGAAUUUAAAAGAUAAUUUAGUAAAUUUAAAAGAGAAUUUAGUAAAUUUAAAAGAGAAUUUAGUAAAUUUAAAAGAGAAUUUAACAAAUUUAUCAACUAAUUUAAGAGAAAAUUCAACAGAUAAUUUAACUUCCAAUUCAGAGAAUUUAACACCCAAUUCAGAGAAUUUAACACCCAAUUCAGAGAAUUUAACACCCAAAUUAAUAAAUUCAACGGAUAAUUUAGUAAAUUCAACGGAUAAUUCAGUAAAUUCAACACCAAAUUCAAUAAAUUCAAUGGAUAAAAUAAGUGAAAUAAUAAAAUAUUAUAAUAAUAGUAUAAUAAAGAAAAUAAUAUAUAAUAUUCAUAUGGAUAUAAUACCAAAUAUAAUAUAUAUAUUAUUAUAUUAUAAUAAUAUAAAUAUAAAAAUAUUAUAUGAUCUUAUAAUCGAAUUUUGUAAAUAUUUUGAUCUAAUCCAAUUUAAUUCAUUUGAUAAUAAAUUAUUAAAUAUUUUUUAUACAUUUAAUUUUAUUUUAAUUUAUAUUCAUCAAUAUCAAAAUAACGGAAUUAUGGAUGAAAUUGGAGAAAAUAAGAAAAAAAUAGGAAAUUAUGAAGAAAAUAAGAAAAAAUUAGAAAAUAAGAAAAAAUUAGAAAAUUAUGAAGAAAAUAAGAAAAAAAUUGAUAAAAAUGAGAAUCUACUACAAACUAAUCAAAGAGUAGAAAAUAUGGAAAAUAUACUAGAAACUGAUCUAGUGGUAGAUAAUAUGGAAAAUGUACUAGAAACUGAUCUAGUGGUAGAUAAUAUGGAAAAUAUACUAGAAACUGGUGAAAGAGUAGAUAAUAUGGAAAAUGUACUAGAAACUGAUCAAAGAGUAGAAAAUGAGAAUCUACUAGAAACUGGUCAAGUGGUAGAUAAUAUGGAAAAUCUACUAGAAACUGGUCAAGUGGUAGAUAAUAUGGAAAAUCUACUAGAAACUGAUCUAGUGGUAGAUAAUAUGGAAAAUGUACUAGAAACUGAUCUAGUGGUAGAUAAUAUGGAAAAUGUACUAGAAACUGAUCCAGUGGUAGAUAAUAUGAAUGGUUUAGGUGAUUAUAUACUUGUAAUAAUAACAUUAAUAAUAACAAGAAUAAGAUAUUAUAUAAAUAAUAAGAAUAUGAAAUAUAUAACAUUAUUAAUAUUGUAUAGAUCAUUAAUAUGUAUAAAAAAUGAAUAUAUAUUCCGUAUAAGAAUUUAUGAAAUUUGGGAUUGUAUAAUUAAUACAUUGGAAACAAAUAAUAAAAAUUAUCAAAUUAUAACAAUUUUAUUAGAAAUUUUUAAAUUAAUAACAUCAAAAUCUUAUGAAUUUAUUGAAAACAAGUAA